UCGGCAGUGCGUAGCCGGGUGUGGCCUUCGGCGCUUGCCGUAGCCCGACAUGGCGGAGUAUUCCUGCGUUAAAUCCACCAAGCUCGUCCUCAAAGGGGCGAAAGAGAAAAGCAAGAAAAAGCACAAGGAGAAGAAAAGGAAAAGGGAAGAGGAUGCAGCAGAGCAACUUGAUAUUGUUGGAAACUGGUGGGCUAUCAGUAAUUUUGGUGAAAUUACAGGAACUAUAGCUAUAGAAAUGGAUAAAGGAGCUUACAUCCAUGCCCUCGACAAUGGCUUGUUUACACUUGGAGCACCACAUAAAGAUGAUGAAGGCCCUAGUCCUCCUGAACAGUUUACAGCAGUAAAGUUGUCUGAUACAAGGAUUGCUCUGAAGUCAGGUUAUGGCAAAUACCUUGGUAUAAAUUCAGAUGGACUUGUUGUUGGACGUUCAGAUGCAAUAGGAUCAAGAGAGCAAUGGGAACCUGUCUUCCAAGAUAAGAAAAUGGCAUUACUAGCAGCAAAUAGCCGUUUUAUUAGAUGUAAUGAGGAGGGAGACAUAGAAGCCAAAAGCAAAACUGCAGGGGAAGAAGAAAUGAUAAAGAUUCGUACUUGUGCUGAAAGAGAAGCUAAGAAGAAGGAUGAUGUUCCACAAGAAGACAAAGGAAAUGUUAAACAGUGUGAAAUCAAUUAUGUAAAGAAAUUCCAAAGUUUUCAAGACAAAAAGCUUAAAAUAAGCAAAGAAGAUACAAAAGCCCUCAGAAAAGCCAGGAAAGAAGGCACUUUUCAUGAAAUGCUGCUUGACAGGAGAGCAAAAGUGAAAGCGGAUAGAUACUGCAAGUGACAACCAGCUGGUCCAUCUUUUUCUGCAUCUUUGAUGAUAGGGUCAAAUUGAAAACAAGACUAAAAUGUUUUAUAAAUAUUUUUUAUUGAAGACAAUUUGCUGAUGUUUUUAUUACAUUAUUUUUAAAGGAUCACCUGAGAGCUAUAAUUAAGCAUCAAACUAAUGUCAUCUUUCAGUAAUGAAUGCUAUUAAGUUUACUCUAAAAUGGCAUCCUAUUGAAGUAGUGAGAUAAUUAUUUAAUGGAAAAGAAAUUGACCCACUGAAUCUUCCAGGGUUGGUGAAAGGAACCUGAACUUAGAGACAGGGUAGAAGACAUUAAGGGCAGAAGAGAACAAUGAUGAAGUUGAAAAGUAAAAUAUGGUUAACACAUUGAACCAUUAAGAAAUACGUAACUGUAUUGAACAAGAAAAGAUAAUUGAAAAUGCAUGUCUUGGCACACAUCAUACCAGAUCCUGAGUAGGACACCUGUGGAGCCAUUCUGCACUGCUUCAGGUGAGGACUGGGACAGAAUAUUCAGGCUUCAUAAAACAAUGUUCAAAACAGACUCACUGUUCAGGUUGAUAAAUGGCAUAAUCCAUAUGCUGGCAAGAGUGUUGACAAGUCACAAGAACCCUAUUACAAAUGAAAAUGCAGGUGCUUCAUAAGAAAAGGGGAUGAGUCUUUUGUGUUAGUAGGCUGCUUAUUUUACAAGACAUAAGAACUGAUUUUGCAAACUUGCUGGUUUCUUUACAGCAUGGACUUUGUUUAAUAAAACAGAAGGGACUUUUCUUAAGGUCAUAGUAUAAUAUGCAUUCCUAGUAUCUCAUAUAAAAUAUGGUUAUCUGUGUCUGUUCUGAUUACCAAGAAGCUUUUCAGUAAGAACAUGUCCAUAGGAACUACCUCAGUCAGAACAAUUGCUUACUUUCUCCACAGCUUCUGUAAUCUGCAUCACAAAGAUUACUUGGUAACGAUGUUGAGGAUUUUUAUGGUAAUAGUUUAAACUGUCUCCAUGGAGCUUCUCCUAGCUGUCAAGUUGAACUGCAUAUAUGGCACAAAACUGUAAGCUCAUGCAAGAUAAUGAUGUGUCUAAAAAGAGCACAAGAACAGACCAAUAAAGUCCAGUCAGUAACGGCAAUUUAUUGGCCCAAUUUCAUAGGCAGUUGGUCUUGAGGAAGAAGCAGGAAGAAUUCAAGUAUGUCAAAAUAGUUUAAACCCUCUUGACUUUUCAGCAUGAAAACAAAUUAUAGCUGAGGUUAGCAAUAAAAGCAUUUAUUUUUCAAAGAAUUUGGAAAAAUAUGGCUAUAGCUUAUACAGAUUUUAUGGAACCAAAAGAAGAAAAUCUCCAUGGGCUGAGCAUUCAUGAUAUGUGACAUAGGGAUUCUUAAAACUCAUCUGUUUCUAGGAAAGCAAACAAAAUUCCAAACCCUUCUCUGAUGGCAUUUUUAAGCUUUCCAUACCUAGCUCUAGCUUGCUGAGUACAGAGAUUUUUGCCUUAGGGCUUUUCCCUCUAAGGUAGUAGAAUUUACUUGUUUUAUACCUGUUAAACCUACUAUUCAUUUAAUACCUAAUUGACAAGAAUAGGCACGCUCACUAGU